CAGAUUCUUUGGCAGUCAGUGUGUGUGUUUACAGUCUCCCUGCCUGGCGCUGCGGCGGUGGAAACACCUUCUGCAUGUAGCAGUUAUUGUCGUGCGGUUUGAAAUGACUACGCAUUAAGUAACAGAGUCCGAUAUCAUCUGGUUUUGUUGUAUUUCCUACCGAAAGAACGGGUGUCAAAGUGAAAAAAAAAACUGAAUCUCCGGAGCUCAGAAAUGGCAGCAGCAACUGCCGUGGCUGAAGCGGAUCCUGCGGGUACCGAGGGUGGUACCGGAUUCUCCGGGGUCCAGAGUUCGGGCUGGAGUGAGUCUCAGCUCCGCAAGUACCCCUUCCCAACCAAGCCCAUACCCAGGCUGUCCCACAGAGACCCCAGGGCUGAGAUUCUAAUAGACAACGAGGAACCAGUUGUCCUAACAGACACCGACCUUGUCUAUCCGGCACUCAAAUGGGACUUAAACUACCUGCAGGAGAACAUAGGAGGGGGAGAUUUUUCUGUGUAUAUCGCGCAAACCCACAAAUUUCUGUACUACGACGAAAAGAAAAUGUCAAACUUUGAGAACUUCGCUCCCAAGUCGAGACGCGUGGAAAUGAAAUUUCAAGAGUUUGUGGACAAGAUGGAUGAGAUGGAAAAAGCAGGAGGAGAUGAAAGGGUUUAUUUGCAGCAGACGCUGAACGACACAGUAGGACGGAAAAUAGUGGUGGAUUUCCUGGGCUUUAACUGGAAUUGGAUUAACAAGCAGCAAGCUAAGCGAAACUGGGGGCAGCUGACAUCAAACCUGCUUCUCAUAGGCAUGGAAGGAAAUGUGACCCCAGCCCAUUAUGAUGAGCAACAGAACUUUUUUGCACAAAUUAAGGGUUACAAGAGAUGCAUACUCUUCCCUCCUGAUCAGUUCGACAGGCUGUACCCAUUCCCCGUUCAUCACCCAUGUGACCGACAGAGCCAGGUUGAUUUUGAAAACCCUGACUAUGAAAAGUUUCCUAAUUUCAAAAAUGUCAUUGGCUAUGAGACUGUAGUUGGCCCAGGAGAUGUGCUGUAUAUCCCAAUGUACUGGUGGCAUCACAUUGAGUCGCUGCUAAAUGGAGGAACAACCAUCACAGUAAACUUCUGGUACAAGGGUGCGCCUACCCCAAAAAGGAUAGAGUAUCCACUGAAGGCUCAUCAGAAGGUGGCUAUCAUGAGGAAUAUAGAGAAGAUGCUGGGAGAAGCUCUGGGGGAUCCUCAUGAGGUUGGCCCUCUGUUAAACCUCAUGAUAAAAGGACGAUAUGAUCAUGUUUUCAGUUAGUGGCUUCUUGAAGGGACUUUUUGGAUGUGUUUUCUGCAGGAGAGACUGAAGUCGGCAGUAUCUGUGUGAACUCCGGAGCCAGUAUUGCAUGGAAUUGCUCUGACACCUUGGAAUCUUUUGUCUGUCCUCCAGUUUGCCUUCAUUGUCAGAACUUAAUUGUUACUGUGGAUUCUCCUACCUGUUUCUGUUUCCAUAAAAUGAUUUUGGAAGAAUGAAAAGGUUUCCAAUCUUUGAGACAUUUAAUAUUGAACAUUGCAUAUAUGAAGAAAUUUAACCCGGGGUGAUGGGAAUAAUUUAAUCACUACAGCUAAAGAUGGGUAAUACUGAAUUGAACUAAAGUAUAUCAGCAGUUGAGUAAAAUAUUCCAAAUUGGAAACACACUUGCCAGAUUGAGUGAGGGCAUUAUCUUGGAAAAGUGUUUCAAACGUAAUGAAAUCAUUUUAUUGUUCUCAGAUUUGGUAGAAUGAGUGAUCUCCAUUCUUGCUCUUUAAGACUCUGCACCUCAAAUUGCACCUCAUUUAGGCUGUUGUUUUCCUCCUCCUCGUGAGCUGUUAAUGAUGUGACGAGAAAUAGUAAACAGCACAAUUGUAGCCAUCAAGGAGUGAGGUCAGGGAUGUCUGUCUUAGAGUCCUUUCACAAAACAUUGGCCUCUUACUUGAUUUCAUAGCUGAAGAGCAUUAAGCAGUUUUGACCUCACCAAAAAAUCAGUUCUGUUGAGUUGGAACCCAUUUGUAACUUGGUAUUCUGCAGCCUGUGUAAUUCAUAUAGCCUCUUUCAGUCUUUUUAAGGUCAUUAAGGACAUUUUUGAUUUGGGCAAAAAAUGUCCAAAUACAAGUCCAAUUUUCCCCCAAAAUUAUUUUAUGUUACCCUGCAACAUGUGAAAGGUUUUAGGUCAUUCAUGGCCUUUGUAUAAUGUAAUGCUGAUUUGGAAGUCUUCCCUGACUGUGUGGAUGUGUUGGCACAGCAUUAUGCCUUUGAUAUACAGUAGUGGUGCAUUUGUACACCUACAGCUCCCUGAUAAUAAUUAAGCGUGAGUUCUUCGCUCCAGGUACACAAAGAUGUUAACUUUCUAUUCAUUAAAUAAAUAUACUCAGCUGGUUGCUCCAGAGUGGUCAGACAUCUUUAGGUAUGUACAGAUUAUAUUACAGCUGCUGAAUGUUAGAUACUGCAUUUCUUUACAGGUAUCCCUUGAUUCACAAAAGGGAAAUGAAUGCAUCCCUUUUUCCUCUUCUGUAUCCUCUUUGCUUGUGUCCAGCUUGACAGAUUGCAGGGCACUCUUUAUCAUGUGUGACAAUUAAUGCUGUGUUCCAUAUUUGGGAUGUCUGUAACUUGUUCGGCUGAGUUAAAAUAACUUUUAAGUUUGUUUGGUAUAGAUGUAAAUUGUUUAAAUGAAAAUUGACUGUCACCCUGUAAGGAUUCUGUGAUGUAGUCAUGGAUGGAUAACAGACCCAGGGUAGGCUGUCAUUAAAGCAGCUGAUAAAUGCAUUGGAAUUUGCUGAAACCAAUUACUUAUUAAUCUAGGGAUACCUGUACUGUUUUUUCUGUGUUAUUCUCUUAUUACAUAAGAGAUUUUAGUCUAAAGCAAAGAAGGCUUAUUGGAAACAGAACACAAAUAUACAGUAUAUUUGUAAGUGAUGCACUGAGCAGAGAUGACUGAAAAUGCUUGUAUAUAUGAGUGUUUUAUAACUGAAGGAAAGUUUGUGGCAUUUUGAAUUUUUGGGGGGCUUAAUAGGUUUAAGUUAAAUUAUUGCUGAUUAAUUCUAGGAUAUGCAUUUUUGUUAAUUGGUAUUUUGUAACAUUUAUAUACCGUCUUAUGGCAUGCCCUCAUUGUUCACGUCUGGGCUUUUUUAAAACUGUUUAUUACACUCUAUAUGGUACAGUUUAACUUGUAAAUUGAUAUUGUUAGAAUGUGCAUAAGCAUUAUGACAAGUUUGAUGUCUUUUAUGUUGAAAGUCUAACUGUAAAGUUUGCUUAUGAUUUCAGUAGAGUUCAGUUUCAGGAAAAAAGCUAAAUGUAUUCAUGCUCCUCAGUUAAAUUAAUUUAACAUACUUUGUAGAUGACAGGUCUUUAUUUCACCGCUUUAUCUUUUAGCCUUUGAUGAGCUAAGGGAACAGUGAGAGGAGGCCUGCAAAGCCCUCAGAAGGAAGAGCAGAUGAUGAACAGUUUAUUUCAGUUUAUAGGUCCUCCAGUCCAUAACUCAGUUGUGUCCUAAUACCCGGCUGAAUGGGUACCCUAGGUAUUAUCAUACCCUCACUCUAGGUACACUCCAGUCCUGGUCCUGGAUGCGCACACACCUGCUGGGGUUUAUUUCAGUUCUCAGUUAAGUAAUUAAGCACGUAAUUGACAUAACAAUAGGAUGAAUUUAAACUGUUUCUCAGCUCUUAAACUUGUUGGAAACUAUUGCCUUUCAUAAGAAUAUAAAAAUCCAGAGCAAAUGCUCCAAUCAAGCAUCCAAUUAAGUAACUAAAAUCAUCUGUAAUGAAAACCAGCAGGUAUGAGGGCUUCGAAGACCAUUCACGGUGCUAAAUGACAUCCCUAGAUUUUUUUCAGCAUUGGUGUAUUUUUGGGAAUCCAGUGCCACAUAGAAUUUUGUGACUUUUCUAAAAAUAUUAGCAUUGUGAAUUGUGCCGUUAUUCAUUUUUAUUAAAUUAAAUUCAUUAGAUAAUUUGACACAUGUGCAGUUGUUUUCUAGAAUCUUUUUCAGUUACAGUAUGUGAGAACGGGAUCAUUGGAUUUAAGUUUAGAGUGCCUAUUUGUAAUGAAGAUCUUAAAAAUACCCUAAUUUCUGAAACAUUCAGUAAUAAUAUGGUCCUUCUAGAAUACAUAAGCAUUUCUUGACCCGAUAUUUUGAGGGUUUAAGUAAUCAUUUGCCACACCUUCAUUGCCAGUAAAUCUAUGAGAUGGCUAAGAGGUUAGUAGUGAUGUUGAAAAUAAUUUUCAAGACUCCUCUAUUUUCUAGAGAUGUCUUUAUAUUGGUCAAUUCAGCAUUUCUUGUGAAACGUAAAAUUAACUUACUUUCACAAGCUUUAAAGAUCCCAUUUUUAUAAUUUUGUGUUUAUUCAACAUUGGAUAAACCUAACAUUUGGAUUCUUUUUUGGUCAUUCAGUAUGGAGUUGCAUGGAGUUUUUUCACUUCAUUAUAUUUUUUCAUUUUAAUGUAGUUGUCUUCUAGGAAUUUGCUUAAUGUUAUUUUUAAGAGCAAAGGCAGUUGCUGAUAAGAAUGCACGCCUUCAUUUUUGUAUAAAAUGCAAUAAAGUUACCAAUGCUUAGGGAGAGAACCAUUAUUUCCUAUGUUAAUAAGCACAAAUGUCAAAGUAUAACUGGUGGCUUGCUCACAUGGUGUCUCAUUUCAACAUAGAAAGCAAACUUAAGUGUUAUUGUGCAUUAAUACCAAAAGACAUUUACUGUAGAAAGUAGCAAUCCUUUUAAACGGUUGUUUUCAUGUACAGCUGGAGCAUGAUCUUAUGUAAAAACCUAGCAAAGGAUACAGGGAAAGGUUUCCCUAACCUUUAAUGAUCGCUCUUCCGUAGCUUCAAUUACUUGCCUGUCACAAUAGGAAAUCUAAGUUUUAAACUGGAACAAGCAAAGCACCCUAUCUUGUGGUUUGAGAAUUUGACUCCCUUGUCAGGUUUAGGUAGAGAUCACUUUAUUGGCAUACCCCAUUCUUUUUGCAUACCCCAGCUUGCUCUCCAGGAGACACACAGACAAGGAGAGAGAAGCCUGGGGUCAGAGCACAGGGUCAGCCAUUUAUACAGCACCCCUAGAGCAGCUGGGGUAGAGCAAAACAGCUUGGACUUUAACAAGAAACAUUUUAACAAACUAAAUUCCUAAUGUUUUACUGUGCCAACCACUGUGUUUUAUUUCUGUACAGCACUGGCAUCCUAUCUAUUGAUGCUGCUCUUUGACUGUUGAAUGCUGUUUAAGACAGGCUGCUGCUGUUUGUUUAAAAAUACAUUUUCAGCAAAACAGGGAGGCUGUAUUUAUUAAACACUGGGCCCUGUUCUUUACCGUAGUGGGCAUAACUAAAUUAAAUUGCAUUCGUGACUUGCUGAGUAUUGACUGAACAAAUAUAAAUGCUGCAUGUAAAAAUGUACAUUUGACAUAAUUAAAGUUAAUGCUUUGCCUUUUGGUUUUCUA